UUUAAUAUUCUGACACCGGUUUUCUUAGAGACAGUCACGAUUUUACCUUCGCGAGAAUCAAAUACGCUGAUUAUUUCCAUUACUCGCAUCGGCAGUACCAAUUAUCUCUUCCUGGGAUUUGGACAUAUUCCAAAGGAUUUAAAAUUAAUAACCAAAAAGAAACUACAACCAAAUAAUUUAGGAUUACUUUUUUUUAGUAGAGUGUAAAAUUUUAUUUAUUAAUUAUUUUUCAAAUUUGAUUUGAAAAUGAAUUUGUUGAUUCCUAUUAUUUUGGGAUCGAUUGUCGUAAUUUCCGGCGCGGAUCCAAUAGUCAAAAUAAAAAAUGGAACGAUCGAGGGUACUUUUAUGAAAAGUAGGAAGGGCAGAGAAAUCGCUGCUUUCCGUGGAAUUCCUUAUGCCCUUCCACCUUUAGGAGAAUUAAGAUUCGAGCCACCGAAGCCAGCGGCAUCGUGGAAAAAUGUUCUUUCUGCGAAAGAAGAUCCAAAUAUUUGUACUCAGAGAAAUAUUUACACACAUCAAGAAGAGGUGGUUGGCGAAGAGGAUUGUUUAUAUCUGAAUGUCUACACACCUCAAUUAUCAUCAUCAAAUUCAAAUGCAAUAAAGCAAAAAAAUUACCCCGUUAUGUUAUGGUUUCAUGGAGGUGGCUGGGUGACCGGAGCAGGAAAUUUUGACUUCUAUGGACCGAAAUUUCUUCUCGAUCAUGAAGUUAUUCUCGUGACAAUCAACUUCAGAUUGGGUCCAUUAGGUUUUCUAAGUACAGAAGAUUUAGUGAUUCCUGGCAAUCAAGGAAUGAAAGAUCAAGCCCAAUCGAUUCGAUGGGUUCAUGAAAAUAUUGCCGAAUUCGGAGGCGAUCCCAAUAGAGUUACAUUAUUUGGAGAAAGUGCGGGCGGUGUCAGUACUCAUUAUCAUAUGAUUAGUCCCCUCUCAAGAGGUCUAUUUCAUCGGGGAAUUUCACAAAGUGGAACAGCUCUGUGCCCAUGGGGAUUGACAAGGCCAGGACUGGCAAAAAAGCAAGCGGAGAAAUUGGGAAAACUUAUGGAUUGCACAACGAGCGAUUCACGAGAUUUGUUGAAAUGUUUGAAAACGAAAAAUCACAUUGACAUUAUUGCCAGAGACAGAGCUUUUCAGGUCUUCGACUACUGUCCAAUGAUACCAUUUAGACCAGUUAUUGAACCCAAUCAUCCGGGAGCAUUUUUGAAAGAAGACCCGGCAAUCAGUUUAAAAGAUGGAAAUAUCGCUGAUAUUCCUUGGAUGACGGGUAUAAGUUCACACGAAGGGGCAAUAAAGUCAGCAACUAUUUACGGACUCUUCGAUGGCAAACUCAUUAAGGAACUAAAUGAUAAUUUUGAAAAAAUUGCUCCAUUAAGUUUACUCUACGAAGACGUUUGUCCAAAGCAUUUGAUUAAGAAUGUGACAAAAAGUAUUCGCAAAUUUUAUCUAGGUGAUCGUAAUAUUGAUGAAUCGACCAGAUUAGAAGUAACUCAUAUGUACUCUGAUGCGUGGUUUAUUAUUGGCGCUGACAAUGCAGUGAGAGAUCAUCUCGACGUUUUAUCAUCGCCAAUUUAUUAUUACUAUUUCGCGUACAGAGGAAGCGUGUCAUUUAGCAGAAUAUUUGGCGAUGAAGUACGAGAUUAUGGAGUGAGUCAUGCAGAUGAUCUUCAAUAUUUAUUCCCAGUUGGAGAACAAUUAUUUCAAGAAACACCUCUUAGUGCCGAAGACAAUAAAAUAAUUGACGUCAUAACCGAACUCUGGGUCAAUUUUGCAAAUUCUGGAAAUCCCACACCAGAAAUUACAACAAAUAUUCCACUGAAAUGGAAAUCAGUGAAAACACACGAUCUCGAAUAUCUUCACAUAGAAAAUUCAAAGAAGAUGUUUAUGGGUCGUAAUUUACUUCACGAUAGAAUUCAAUUUUGGAAUAAUUUACCAUAUCGUGAAGCACCUACUUUAAGGAAAGACUCGUUAAGAGAUGAAUUAUAAUCUAUUUUUUUCUUUAAAAAAAAAAUUAAAAAUAAAGAUUCAAAUCCUCUUUUAUAUUGUUGAAUCAAAGUGAAAUUGAAUUAAAGAGCAAUUGAAAUUCAAUUGAAAAAGCAAUUAUUAAUUGCACAAUUUCGAAAAUACAAUUGGAAUUCAUACGUCCACUUUUGUAACAAAAGUUUCAAUAACCAUCAUCAUUGUUAUAAAUAUAGUUUAAAUAUUCUGAUAAUAAUUACUAAUUUAAUUACAGUAUAAAAAUAAUUUACCAUGUAAAUAGCUAGGUAUU